AUAAUGCAUGCUUCUGCACAGUUCUGGAAACGAGCCGGUGUGUUUUGAGGAAAUGACCCUGGGUCUGGAUAAGGUCCGGCGUCUCUCCACGCAGUCCUCGGUUCUCCUGCCCGGCUUCACCCUCACCACCUGCUGGUGCUGGUACUGGAAGAACGAGUACCACCGCUGGAUCCAGUACGGGUCGAUAGCGGAGAUGCACCGGAUGUCUUCGGUCAGCAUCGAGCAGCUGGAGCUCAGAUAUCAGGAGUAUCUGCAGCAGGAGCAGGAGGACGCUGGGAUCAAGUUUAGCGCCGGAAACUGCUUCUAUGAGCUCCGCUUCGCAGACAUGAAGCAAAGAAAUGAGGUGAGCGGCACAGAGAGAGCCGUCAGGCGCCGGCCCGUGUUUGUCUCGUCGGUCGGCGUCCGGAUCGCCAGAACGAGAUGUUGCGGAGCCAGUAAGACUCACUUUUCUAAAGGCGUUCCUGGAUUUUGGGACCAAAAUGCCAUUCCAGACUUUGGAUUUCAGAGAGUCCGUCUCUGGCCGUCUCACAGGGAUUACGUGAGAGUCCACGAGCGCUUCAGCCAAACUCUGAGGGGUUUCACCGUCCGCCGGAUCGAGCGUGUGCAGAACAGGGAACUCUGGGAAGACUUCAUGCUAAAAAAGGAGCGGAUGAAAACUACGAACAAGCAGGAGAAAUUUGGCGAUCGGCUUUUAUUCCACGCCACCGAAUCCUCUCUCGUCGAAGCGGCGUGUCUGAGAAACGUUGACUUUGAGACGUCGGAUACAGCAGCGUAUGGACAGGGGAUUUAUCUCUCAAAGGACGCCAGGUACUGGAUUGAGCGGGAGGACGGUUGUGCGACGAGGCUGAUGUUCGCGUGCAGGGUGCUGGUUGGGUAUUACACCAGAGGAGCGGCUCGUUUCCGCCACCCUCCGGCCAAAAACACUGACGGAAGUCUGUACGACAGCUGUGUGGAUAAUCCACGUGACCCGUCUGUUUUCGUAGUGUUUGACAGGUGUCAGAUCUACCCAGAGUUUCUUAUUACCUUCGAGGAGAGUAACAAGUGUUUAGUGUCUGGUAUCGCUCGGGUCGACACAAAAGAAUCUAGUCGAACCGCUGAAGCCACAGAACCAGAGCGAGCCUCGGUUAUCUCCACCAACUCCAGCGGGUGCACAAGCUUGGACAGUUCACUCGAGGGUCCAGAUUCUGAUCCAGAACACACCUCGUCCUCCUCCAGACGAACAGAACCUCUCAUUACGCUCUUAAGCUCAACAUUAGACACAGAUGUGGGCGUCUCCGCUGCACUUCCUGUCUCAACUAAAAGUGCCACGAAUGCACUUCCUGUCUCAACUGAACGCAUCUCCACUGUACUUCCUGUCUCAGAAAAACGCAAUUCCACUGCACUUCCUGUCUCACCUGAGGACAUUUACAAUGCAUUUCCUCUUUCAGCGAAGGGCAUAUCCUCUGCACUUCCUGUCUCAACGGAACGCAUUUCCACGGCACGUCCUGUCUCAGAAAAACGCAUUUCCUCUGCAUUUCCUGUUUCAGCUAAAAGUGUCUCCACUGCAUUUCCUGUCUCACCUGAGGACAUUUCCAAUGCAUUUCCUCUUUCAGCGAAGGGCAUUUCCCCUGCGCUUCCUGUCUCGAGUGGAAGUGCCUCGAACGCACUUCCUGUCGCAACUAAUCGCUUCUCCCCUGCGCUUCCUGUCUCGAGUGGAAGUGCCUCGAACGCACUUCCUGUCGCAACUAAUCGCUUCUCCCCUGCGCUUCCUGUCUCGAGUGGAAGUGCCUCGAACGCACUUCCUGUCGCAACUAAUCGCUUCUCCCCUGCGCUUCCUGUCUCGAGUGGAAGUGCCUCGAACGCACUUCCUGUCGCAACUAAUCGCUUCUCCCCUGCGCUUCCUGUCUCGAGUGGAAGUGCCUCGAACGCACUUCCUGUCGCAACUAAUCGCUUCUCCCCUGCGCUUCCUGUCUCGAGUGGAAGUGCCUCGAACGCACUUCCUGUCGCAACUAAUCGCUUCUCCCCUGCGCUUCCUGUCUCGAGUGGAAGUGCCUCGAACGCACUUCCUGUCGCAACUAAUCGCUUCUCCCCUGCGCUUCCUGUCUCGAGUGGAAGUGCCUCGAACGCACUUCCUGUCGCAACUAAUCGCUUCUCCCCUGCGCUUCCUGUCUCGAGUGGAAGUGCCUCGAACGCACUUCCUGUCGCAACUAAUCGCUUCUCCCCUGCGCUUCCUGUCUCGAGUGGAAGUGCCUCGAACGCACUUCCUGUCGCAACUAAUCGCUUCUCCCCUGCGCUUCCUGUCUCGAGUGGAAGUGCCUCGAACGCACUUCCUGUCUCGUAUGGUUCUACGUCUGUGACUAGCAGAAAACCUGCAGCGCAGAAGAACAGCUGCACUGUCAUGUGAUCUGUUACGGCGCUGCACAAAUGAUUUUCUUGCUUCGUAUUUCUGUCUUGUGUUCUUGUAUAAACAUCUAAACAUUCUUGAAUCAAGGUGCAUUUACUGGACGAGUAAAAUGGCUUAAGAUAUUAAGUCUUGUUUUCUAAAAACAAUUAUCAAAAUUUAGAUAAGAAAAAUAAUUAGU